UGACAGACGGACAGCCGGCCGGGCGGGCGGGCAAGAUGGAGUCGCGCUGCGAGUACCUCAUGUACUUCCCGAGCGGCCCGGUGCCGGAUUACCGGCGCUACCGGAACCUGCCCCGCCGCAGCCACCUGUACGCGGGCGAGACGGUGCCGCUGGUGCUGGUGGUUCGUUGCCGGGCGGCGCGGGCGGAUGUAGAGGCCGAGGCCUUGGUGUCGGAGCGAAGCCUGGGCCUCGGGUGGCGCCGCCUCGCCGCCUCCCUGUCCGCGCUGGCCAGCGUGUGUCCCGGCGCCGCGCCGCUGCCUGAGACCGGGACUGGGCCCGUGGACGGAGCCGACACCGACACCGAGCAGCGCGGCUUCAGGGACUGUCCGCCGCUCCUCACACACGGCGCCCGCCGCUGCCUGGACACUGGCUGUAGCACACAGACGGCGGUGGAGGAGCCCAUCAUCUGCAAUGACGAGGUGAUUUUCCCGCUCUCUGUCGCUCUGGACAAGCUGCCAGUUGGGACCAUCAAAGCCAAGAUCAUCGUGACGGUGUGGAAGAAAGAUCAGGAGAAGGCGGAAGUCCGGGAGCGAGGCUACCUCACCAUCCUACAGAACCAGAAACCCUCACAAAUCUUCAAGGAGGAUCAAAGCACUUUCAAAGCUCAAGUGAGCACAUUACUGACGGUGCUACCGCCUCCUACUGUCCAGUGUCGGCAGCUCAACGUGUCGGGGAAGCAGCUCACCGUCAUUAAAGUGUUGAACACAUCAUCCCAGGAGGAGAUCUCUGUACUAGACGUGCGCAUCUUGCCAAACUUCAACGCCAGUUACCUGCCCAUGAUGCCUGACGGCUCCAUGUUGCUGGUGGACAACGUGUGUCACCAGUCGGGGGAGGUGACAGUGGCAUCGUUCCACCGGGUGGGGGCCGGGAGUCGAGGUGAGCUGCCCGUGGGGCUCCGGGCCCUGGAGGAGCAGGCCUUUCUCUUCCAGCUUCAGCUCAACCAGCGACCCCCACAGCACAGCAAGGAGGGUCUGGAGGUUCCUCUGACCGCCAUUGUCCACUGGUCCCCACACAACCCGCAACAGGUGAACAGGAUCUACACCCACUACAGCUUGCCGACUCACCAUCGAAUUCAGACACGGUUGGUGAUGACAGCAUCGUGCCAGUCAUCUCUGAUAAACAUUGUCCUAAAAAUGAACUUUACACUGACACACACCGUGACUAGCGAGCUAGCUGGGGGCCUGGUGUGGUCCCCAGGGGGGAAGGGGCAGCAGGGGGUAGAGACCUCCCUGGGGUCAGUGAUCUGCCACACCCCCCUCAACCACCUGGGCCAGUGUCGCAAGGGGACGGCCCUCACCUACAGCGUGGCCUUCCAGGGGCUGCGGGCCGGUCUGUUUGAGCUGAGCCAGCACAUGAAGCUGAAGCUGCAGUUCACGGCCAGGGUUGGGGUUGGGGUUGGGGUGGGGGGAGGAGGGGGGGGAGAGGCAAGGCCGGUGUCGAGGAAGAGCAGCCCAGGCAGCCCAGCCGUGCGGGAGCUGAUGGAGCGACAACAGGGCGGGGGUCUGGGACGUUCCCAGUCCUUCUCCCACCAGCAGCCGUCUAGAGCAGCCCACCUCAUGAGGACGGGCAGUGUAAUGGAGCGUCGAGCUGUCACCCCUCCGGUCAGUUCACCACUGGGCCGCCCCCUGUAUCUACCGGCGGAGAGAUCAGCGCUGUCCGUGGACAAGAUCGCCAAACGCGAGUGUAAGGUGUUGGUGCUGGAGCCGGGGUUCUAGAGCCCCUCCC